AUGGAUAAAUAUUUUGAGUUUUCGAAAUCGAAAGAUGAAUCAAGAUUAUCUAUUGACUCUUAAGAACUACUUAGACAAGUAGAAACAAAAAUACAUAAAGCUUAAUCACCAACAUUUAUCUCGCCCUAAAAAUAAUAAUUGAAUUAUGCAGAUCAUUUUGAUUAAAAAGAACAAAUCGAUUAUUUAUCAUUUAAGGAAUAAACCCUCAUUAAGAGAUUGUUGAAUUUGAGAGAUGACUAUAAGCAAUUCCAGAAGAAUUUACAAUUUUACUAAGAACAAUUAAUGUAAUCUAUUAAGGAGACUAUGAAAAAAGUUGGGGACAAAGGAUAUCACUAUUUAUAAGAACAAGAAUAUGAAUUGAGGUUGCAGUUGUAAGAAAUUUAAAAAAAUAAGGAGCUUCUCAAUUCUUUUUCUAACUGUCAAAUUAUAUAAUCACCUUUAAAAUAAAAAUAUAAUUUGUUUUAAGAAAUUGCUAAUAAGCUAUAAGAUUUGAACAGUUUAAUACUUGAGUUUUUUGAUCACGACAAUUCGAUUUAAUCGAAUAGAUAUUAGAAAAAGUUAAAUUUUUCAAAUUAUAAAGAGUUGAGUUCUAAAAAGAAAUUCAAAGCAUCUCCCUCACCAUUUAAAGAGAUUGAUCGAGUAUUGUAAUUAAAAACAUCAUCAAGUAAACCCUAACUUUUAGGGAAUAAUUCACCUUAAGAUUUAAAUCAAUUUAUUGAAGUGCUAAAACUUAAAAUUAAUAACACUAAAAAUAAUAAUUUAUUAUAGAGUAGAUCAAAUUUUUCAAGCAAUUUUUUAUAAAGCAAAUUAAAUAUAAACUCUAGAAGACUUUCAAUUGAACAAUAGCUCUAAUCUUAAAAUAAAAUAUUUUUUUAAUCUGUAUUUUGA